CGCGCCGGCAGGGGCAGCAGCGGGAGCGGCGCGGGGCGGAGCGGCGCGAGCGGCCAGGAGCGGCCCGGCCCGGCCCGGAGCGGCGGCGGCGGUUGCAGCGACGCCAGAGCCCGUGGGCGCCGUUCGCGAGGCCGCCGCAGGGGCGCGGCCGCUGCGCGGGGAGGCCUGGGGCCGGGAGGGCCCCGCCGCCGCCAUGCCGCUGCUCUUCCUCGAGCGCUUCCCGUGGCCCAGCCUCCGCACCUACACGGGCCUCAGCGGCCUGGCCCUGCUCGGCACCAUCGUCAGCGCCUACCGCGCCCUCAGCCAGCCUGAGGCCGGGCCCGGGCCCGCCGAGCCGGAGCCGCCGGCCCACCCGGUACAGACCGAGCCGGCCGCGCCCGGGGGGCCGAGCGCCGGGGGGCCGCGGGCCCGCGACGUGGCCCAGUACCUGCUCUCGGACAGCCUGUUCGUGUGGGUUCUAGUAAAUACGGCUUGCUGUGUUUUGAUGUUGGUGGCUAAGUUAAUCCAGUGCAUUGUGUUUGGUCCUCUUCGAGUGAGCGAGAGACAGCACCUCAAAGACAAAUUUUGGAAUUUUAUUUUCUACAAGUUCAUUUUCAUUUUUGGCGUGCUAAAUGUCCAGACGGUGGAAGAGGUGGUUAUGUGGUGCCUUUGGUUUGCUGGACUUGUGUUUCUACAUCUGAUGGUUCAACUCUGCAAGGACCGAUUUGAAUAUCUUUCCUUUUCUCCCACCACCCCGAUGAGUAGCCAUGGUCGGGUUCUGUCUCUGUUGAUUGCGAUGCUGCUUUCCUGCUGCGGACUAGCACUUGUCUGCUGUGUCACAGGUUACACCCAGGGAAUGCACACGUUGGCUUUCAUGGCUGCGGAGUCUCUCCUUGUGACGGUGAGGACUGCUCAUGUGAUUUUACGCUACGUAAUUCACCUCUGGGACCUCAACCACGAAGGGACAUGGGAAGGAAAGGGGACAUAUGUCUAUUACACAGAUUUUGUCAUGGAGCUCACUCUCUUGUCCCUGGACCUCAUGCACCAUAUUCACAUGUUGUUAUUUGGCAACAUCUGGUUAUCUAUGGCCAGCUUGGUCAUCUUUAUGCAGUUGCGCUACCUGUUCCAUGAGGUACAGCGUCGAAUCCGCAGGCACAAGAACUAUCUGCGUGUGGUUGGGAACAUGGAAGCCAGGUUUGCAGUUGCGACUCCAGAGGAGCUGGCUGUUAAUAACGACGACUGCGCCAUCUGUUGGGACUCCAUGCAGGCUGCCAGGAAGCUGCCCUGUGGCCAUCUCUUCCACAACUCCUGUCUUCGCUCCUGGCUCGAACAAGACACCUCUUGCCCAACAUGCAGAAUGUCUCUCAACAUUGCUGACAAUAAUCGUGCCAGGGAAGACCAUCAAGGAGAGAACUUGGAUGAGAAUUUGGUUCCUGUAGCAGCAGCUGAAGGCAGACCACGCUUAAACCAACACAAUCACUUCUUCCACUUCGAUGGGUCCCGGAUUGCGAGUUGGCUGCCAAGUUUUUCAGUGGAAGUGAUGCACACCACCAACAUUCUUGGCAUCACGCAGGCCAGCAAUUCCCAACUAAACGCAAUGGCACAUCAGAUUCAAGAGAUGUUUCCCCAGGUUCCGUACCACCUGGUGCUGCAGGAUCUCCAGCUGACACGCUCGGUUGAAAUAACCACAGACAACAUUUUAGAAGGACGGAUUCAAGUGCCUUUUCCCACACAGCGGUCAGAUGGCAUUAGACCUGCGCUGAACAGUCCUGUGGAAAGGCCAAGUGGUGAUCAGGAGGACGAGGAGGCCUCUGCCCAGACCGAGCGCGUGCCGCUGGAUCUCAGUCCUCGUCUGGAGGAGGUGCUGGACUUCAGCGAGGUGGAAGUGGAGCCCAAUGAGGGGGAGGACUUUGAGGCUCGUGGGAGCCGCUUCUCCAAGUCUGCUGACGAGAGACAGCGCAUGUUGGUCCAGCGUAAGGACGACCUCCUGCAGCAGGCACGGAAGCGUUUCUUGAACAAAAGUUCUGAGGAUGACUCAGCCUCAGAGAGCUGCCUCCCCUCGGAAGGCGCCCCCUCUGACCCUGUGACCCUGCGUCGAAGGAUGCUGGCAGCUGCUGCCGAGAGGAGACUUCAGAAGCAGCAGACCUCCUAGCGCCUCCUCGCCUUUCUCAGCUGCCUCCGGAGCAGCGCGCCCACCGAAGAGGCCUGUCCAGUUCUGCCUGCUGUUUGAGGAAGUGGGCUCGACUGCAUUGCCGCUGUAUAAAGCAUGUGGUCUUACUAGUGUUUGGACAGCUGACGAAUUUAAUCCUUUUUUGUAAUACUUUCUAUGUGACAUUUCUCUUCCCUUUAGAAACACUGCACAUUUGAACUCUAGGCAUGAUCUCUUCUGGCGUUGACUGGACUUCUUGGGGGUGGGGGACGAUGAAGAGGAAGUGGGCAGCCAGAGACGCUGCAGCGGACGACUUUGUGGAUGACUGCUUUCUGCAGAAGGCACAACAAAUCCUGUGUUCUUAGCUCCAAGUCUAGCAGGAGGGUGUGUGGGGCGGGAUUCACAGGAAGCGGGGCAGUGGGAGCCUGGCGCCAGGCCGGCGGGUACUCUGUUGGCAACCUGGAGCUCUGGCAAGAAAACAUGCAGACUCCUGACCCCUGAGCCCACAGCAGCUUGGAAAAAGAGCGCCUGUUUGACACCUGGAGCAGGGGAGGGGAAAGCCCAGGGCUGCAGAGUGUGAGGAGGUGACCAGUUGUGUCCUGAUAUAUCUGGGACUUUCUGAACCCCAACUUUAAGGCUGGCUUUAUUUCCGUUAAUGCUGGUGCUCCCGCAUCUCCCGGGUAUGCCGCUUGUGUCUGUCCUCUCCUCUGCAUUUCGUUCCCCGCCUCCCUUCCCCACCCGAGCCCUCUCCCCUGCCCCCAGCCCUCCAGACAUGAGGAAGGUCAGCCCUGAGAGGGUUAAGGAGCGUGCCUCAGUUUGUGGUUUUUAGCCCUUGGUCAGGCAAAUCAGGCGAUGCCGGUGCCUUUGGGCUUGGGCCUCGGAGACGGAGAUGAUGCGGCCAUACAGGAUGGGAGAGUAAAUUCUGGAGGGCUUCACUGAAGAAAUAAAAGUCAUCUUUCUUAUCUUUCUUUCCGGGAACCCUUCAUUUUCCUAACUUCGUUCCUACUGGUUUUGUCAAACAUACAAAGGUGAGCGGCUGAAUCGACCUGCCUUGGAGCAGACCCAGGUCCUGAAGCUUUCAAAUUCCUCACACAUGUAGCUUAAGGAUUUGAGACACACAAUCAUAGGUUUCAUAGUUCCGUUUUAUGUCCUAUUGGAUACAUUUUUUUUUUUUAAUGUUUGAAAGCAUAGUUUUAUGGUAGUCCUUUUGGGAAGAAUCCAGUAUUAUGUAAAAUUAUUGGCAAAGUUAAAUGUAUUUUACAUAACUGAAAGUUUUUAGACUGUUGUAAUUGAACAAAGAGUGAUGAGUAAAUGUUUAGGCUGAGAUAAUUUAUUUCAAUAAAUCUUUCAAAAGCCUUAUCUUGAAAUGCUGUUAGUAAAUUUCUGUGAAUUUUUUUGGUUUUGUUUUGUUGAGAGCAUAGCUACUUGUUUUUAUUGUAAUAUAAAAAUAAUAAUAAAAAGCAAACUCUUCUA